ACACUUAAACAGGAAGGGAAAGUUUAGCUUUGCAAACAUCCGAGAGAUGGUGAGAAUAUUAUGGUUCGCUUUUAUUAUGAUAUCAUUUCGUCACCAUCUUCUUUCCUAAAUUUAUUAUUCUUAUUAUAACGUAGAUUUGAUUAAAUUUGACAUAAAAUAUUACUACUCUUUAUCUUCUAUUAUUACAGCAACGAUUAAAAAGUUCACAGAAGGACAAAGUGCGGCAGUUUGUUGCCUUCACUCAAACUGGCGAGAAGACUGCCAUCAACUGCUUGUGUGCUCAUGACUGGAAACUUGAUGUGGCCGUUGAUAACUAUUUCAUGGCCCCUGACCGUUAUAACACUGCUGAAUCAAAAUCUUCUGUUGACAAGAGGAAAAUAGAAGCUCUUUGGCAACGAUACAAAGGCAUGCAUUAAUCAUUUUGCUUUUACCACCUCUGCCUCAAGACUAGAAUAACUUUACAAUUUUUAAUUGGGUAUUUCCAACUUCAUGCUUAAGUCAUAAGUAGGAUUAUGAUAAAAUGGGCUCUCCGGGAUAUCCCCCCCCCUCCCAUUUUCUCAGCCAACAAUAAUACUAAUAAUUGCUAGGUGCUUCAGUAAAAAAAAAAAAAAAAUUCGAAGCAGCAGCGUAAACUGCAAUGGUGUACCUAGCAAAGUCGUGGACCUAGGCCUGCAUACACCUUGGCAGUGUCAUAAGAUAUUGCUAUUAUUAAGUAUUACUAUUACUAUUAGUAUUAGAUAUGAUCUUGUGGGAGUGUAGGCGUAGGUGUAUGCUAGGUGAUAUCAAUCAUAUUUUAUGAUCGAUUCCAAAUGCUGAUGACAGUGAUGGAGCCUUCCUUACUAGUACUAGGCCUAUUUUACUAGAUCAAUUAUUUUAUUCCAUCUUUAUUGAAAAUAUAUUUUGUAAUUAAAUUAUUAUGUUAAUUUGUAACAGUAUUGGUUUGGAUUAUUUUAAUUAUUAAAGAAAAAUUGUUAGUAUAAAUAUUUUAAAUACUAUAUGUUACAUUCAGAUUACUAAGGGAUUAAACUUGAACAAUAUGUACUGACCUUGAAAACUCAUCAUGAGCUGUCAAACUGUGUUAAGAUAAGACAUACCUUAGGCUCCCAAAAGUAUUUUACAGUGAAACCAAUGAAUGGUUCAUUGAGAAUCCUUAGUCUCGUAGCAGACUAUAUUAUAGUAAAGCAAAAGGUCUGCAUUAACCCUGUUCAUGACUUAUUUUGUUUCCAGAGUGGCAUGGCAUGUGCUACUCACAUGGUAAAACACAAUUUUGUCUCACAGAAACCCUUGCACAAUGCGUGUGGGACAGAAUUUGUGAUAUUUCAAGUCGUUUUUGUUAAGAAAUCAAUCUGUGCCUGGGGUGAGUUAAGGGCAGAGCUUAUGUUUGGGCCCUGCAACACCUGCGGCUGCAUGAGGCCUCAUAUAUUAUAGGGGACCAAAGUUGUGAUGUGGACAAAAUUAUUAACAAUAUGGGGCACAAAAAUAAAAAGUGGUGGGGGCCUACACAAGUCAUGCAACCACUCUGGAUAGAGGUUGUCCACAAAAGAUGUCGGCAUAACAAACACCACUUUUCCACCCUUCCACCCCCCUCCCAUGGUGCAGAUUUACGUAGGUACUUCCAGCACUUUACAGUGGCAGGAAAUAUAAUGAUUAUAAGGAGCACAUAGUCACUAGAUUUAAAUUUCUAAAUCAGUAUGAUAUGGGUCCAUCUAUUGAUUACAUAUUUGUAGGAAAGGGCUGUUAAUUUUGGAUUUUUUGCAUACUGGUGUGUAUGGCAGUUUGAGAAGGAGAGGAUGGUUCGACAGAAAGAACGUAUAUUUAAUAAUUAUCCUGAAUUUCUGACACUCUAAUACAACUAAUAAAGCCAACUGUAACCUAAUGAUCUGUGAAAUCAAUAAUAUUUAAUUAUUCUUUAAAGUCUUUAAAAAUGUAUUUAUCAUCACACUGUUGCUUUGUGUUUACAAUCUCUUGAUAUCACAUUAGUAAUGGUUAGCCUUGGAUAACUUGAACUCCACCGUACAUUAUUCUGUGACAUAUUUGUGAAGUAAUUAUUUCAUUGGACCAAACCAAAUAGAUACAUGGGGGGAAAAAUAAGUUCAGGGCCCACAAGACUAAUUUUAACACACUAUUGACAGUGCUUCCCAUUCAUCACGUCCCAUCUGAUCACAUAAAAUGUUGUAAUGCCUAAACCGCAGCACAAAAAUUAGUGGGGGUCUUCAUGCUGCAGUCAAGAAAAUUUAAUUUCAAAUUAGAAGCCCUUUUUUAGGCCUUAAGAUUCACAAUCUUCAUUCUAAAAUGCAAUAUAUCCAAAUGUUUUCAUAUAAGUUGUGGUAAUAAUUAAAUAUUUAUUAAAUAUCAUCAUCUUCCCCCAUUUAAAAGGGGCGUGGUCACAUCCAAGCAAAGUUGAGGCAUGGCGAUCUAAAUAAUAUACUGCUCAAAGAUGAAACCAUAAUAGAACCAUGGUUCCUGUAAAACACAUAGCACUAUGAAAAUUGGCACACAUAUUUAGAUCAAUAUAUACCCGAGAGACAUAGUAAAUAUGAAAAGGUCAUAUAUUUAAAUUCAACUUAGUCUUAAUGAUGAAAGUUUCUUUAUAUUUGCCAAAGAUUUUCUCAAAGUUGACUGAGUGUAAAUGAAAAAAGAAAUUGAUUGAAAUGUAGGCAAAGAUGUCCUCCAAAGCGAAAGAAUGGAAAAGGAACACCAUUGUGGGACAUAAUAACUUAUUAAUAACUCUGUUUUUUAAAUGACAUAGCAACAACAUAAAAAAAAUAAAACUCUGAUUUUCCUGUGCUGACACCCAUUUCAUGAACUAAUUUUUUAGUAGUCUAUUGCUCUACUGAAGUGUCUGUAGUUGCAAACAUGUUUAUUUAAUUUUUUUGUAAAAAAAAAUAUUAAUUAUCACUUGUUUACAUGCCUUUAUUAUAUGCUUAAGUUUAAGCAUAAUUUAGUUGGAAGUACAACAUAAGUUUGAAUAAAAUAUGGACAAAGUCCGGUGCACACUGCACAUAUCUUAUUUAUAUUGAAAAUUUGGAGAGAAAAAACGCCAUAAAAUAUUUAAAAUUAAGGGCAAUUGUAAUCAAAAUAUAUUUAUUACUAUUUCAAUAUAAAGUAUGUGCCUACCUUUAUAAAAUAAGGUAGUCAGUGUUCGGUUUCAUAUUUUUCACUGCCACCAGGGUAACCAUACAGGUGGGCUGGGUUAAGGACUCUUGGCUGGGCAGGAUGUGGUCUACGGGCCAUAGUGUGAGGACCCAUGCUUAAGCUAAAUGAAAUGUAAUACGUGCCAUCUUGAAAGUCUCAAUUUAAGAAAUUGUCACUGGGUGAUUAUACCAUACAAAAUUAAUGGAUAUAGUUUUUAAAAGCAAUAAUUUCAAGAAAUAUUUGCCAAUUUAAAAAUAUUAUUGGUGAUUUGUUUAUAUGUCUUAUCUCUACCUCAUUGCAAGGAAUCCAUUUAAAUGUUUGAAGUUUGAAUGAAGCCCAGCUCAAAGAUUUUUUAUUUAUUAAGUUAAUAUUCCCUUAUAGCUUAUUCUUUCAGUUUUCUGUUUCUUUAGACCCGGGAGAUGAUGAAAAGAUGACUGUUGACGGGGUAAUGCGUUAUUUGGAAGAUCUACAAUUAAAUCCUGAAUCAAGAACAGUUCUUAUACUUGCUUGGAAGUUCAAAGCUAAGACUCAAUGCGAAUUUACUAAAGACGAAUUUGUAACUGGUAUGAUGGAAAUGGGGUGAGUAUAAAAAAUUGAGGGAAUGAUUUUACUGACAACUAUAUUUUAAAAGAAAUUUUUAGUGCUGUUCAAUGAGAAAUAAAAUAAAUAAUUUUAAAUUUGGAACUGCUGGUACCGGUACAAAAAAAACAACAUUUCUUUAAUACUUCACUUAAUAUAAUCCAUUCAUUCUCCUUUCACAGAGCUGAUUCUAUAGACAAACUUCGUGCAAAAUGCAACACAUUAGAGCAAGAGAUAAGAGAUUCAAACAGUUUUAAAGACUUCUACCAGUUUACUUUCAAUUACGCAAAAAAUCCAGAACAGAAAGGCCUAGGUAUGUGUAUUAGUAUUAGCUAAUUAUUAGUAAUUUCAUUACUUUGUGUUUGAAAAGCACUUGGUUAUAACAAUUCUUAUUUUUUCAUUACUGACUUACAUAUGCCUUUUACCCAGUUUGGGGGAUAGACCGCCCAAAAGAAUGUUGCAUUUAUCUCAGUCCUGUGGUUUUGCUUCCAGGUUUAUCCCAUACUUUAUGUCUCUGCCUCUAGCUUGUGUUUCCAUGUAUUCUUAGGCCUUCGUCUCUUUCUUUUUUCCCUAUGGGUUCCAUGUUAGGGAUUGUCUGGUUAUAUUAUCUGGGGGUGACAAAUCUUAAUGAGAACUAAUAAGUCCCUGAUAUGGCUAAGAGAAAUCACUGAAUGGCUGUUUUUUCACUAGUGAAAUAAUUUAAUGUAAAUGUCUUGAGUGCAAAUUGUUUUCUUUAUGUGUUGAAAAUGUACAAUGCAAUCUAAAACCAUUUCCAUUUGUUUGAAUCAAUAAAAGAAUCUUAUCUUAUCUUAUGAAGAGUGUUCUCUAUCCACCUCCAUCUUUUCUUUAUGAUGUCUUCAGCAAUAAGUUCCUGGUAUUUGUUUCCAGUUUAGUCUUUGUUGGUGACUGUAUUUGGCCAUUUGAUGUUCUGAAUCUUUCUAAGGCAAGUGUUUACAAAGGUCUGUACUUUCUUUAUGAUGCUCACUAUUGCUCUCCAAGUUUUGGCUCCAUAGAGUAGGACUGUUUUGACAUUUGAGUUGAAAAUUCUGACUUUGGUUUGCAGAGUCAGCUCCUUCCCGUAUUUUCUUUAAUGGCACAAAUGCCAACCUAGCCCUACAUCCGCUUCGGGUCCACCAUUUAUGUCAAUGGCACUGCCUAAGGAUUUGAAAGCCUCCACUUCUUCCAGUCCAUUUCCUGCCUGAGAGAUAUGCUCUUGUUACCUUCAUGACCAUUGUCUUGUUUUUAUUUAUAUUGAGUCCGAGCUGUGCUGAAAUUUAAAAUGUCAUCUGAGGAGUCUAGGUCAUUCAGUUUUUCCAAAGGGGUCCACUGUAUCCCAUUCCUCUUUUUGUCUUUGGAUUUUUUUAAUUAUCCAGUCAAUGGCAAGGAUGAAUAGAAAUGAAUUCAAGAGACAUCCUUGUCUGACUCCUGUUUCCACUUUAAAAGCAUCUGUGGGUUUACCUUUAGAAUCAAAUAUAAGCAAAGAAUUUGUAACAUCCACAAUAGACAAAAUAAAAGAGAAAAACAGUACAAUAGUCAGGAACUGAGUAGGGACCCAAAAAUUACUGAGGAAUAUCAACAGAAGAUAGAAACUCUACUAGAAUUAUCCAGAAGAGAAUCAGCCAGCAAUGUUGAUAUAAACCAGCAAUGGGAAAAGAUGAAGCAAAUAGUCAUAAGUGUAACAGAGGAAACGAUUGGAUUUAAACCAGCAGUGAAAAGAACAGGAUGGUAUGACGCAGAAUGCAAAGAACUUAUAGAACAAAGAAACAAAGCUCGGCUAAUGAUGCUGCAAAGGGAGACAAGAAGAACACGACAAUUAUAUAAUGAAGCAAGAAGGGUGGCCAGCAAAAUUUGCAGAAAGAAAAAAUGUGUUUGGGAAAAAUAAAAAAUAGUAGAGAUAGAAGAGUUGGCAAAAGAAAGAGAUGUGAGGGGAAUGUACCUGAAGAUAAAGCAGGAAAAGAAUGGCUUUCAAGCAAGAUCCCACAUGUGUGAAAGCACAGAUGGAGAAUUGAUCACAGAAAGUAGUAGAGUACUAGAGAGAUGGGCACAACACUUUGAAGGCUUACUGAAUGGCUCAGGUGUAGGAACCAAUGAGGAUUACGCCCCGCCACAAGGAGGACCGGACCCACUGGUCAACCAACCAACUUUAAAUGAAAUAAAAGAUGUAAUCUCCACCAUGAAAAAUUACAAAGCCCCAGGAAUAGACCUUAUCCCUGCAGAACUCAUAAAGCUAGGUGGUAGCGAACUGCAUAGGCAAAUACACGAACUUAUAACCAGAAUCUGGCAGGAGGAAGAAAUGCCAACUGAAUGGGACACGGCACUCAUAAUCCCAAUCCACAAAAAGGGAUCUAAGUUGAUAUGCUCAAACUAUAGAGGUAUCUCCCUUCUUAAUGUAAUGUACAAAAUCCUCACAAAACUUAUAGCGAGAAAAUUGGAAAAGUACAGUGAACAGAUCCUAGGGGACUAUCAAUGUGGAUUCAGGCAGAAUAGGUCAACCACGGAUCAUAUUUUUACUAUAAGAUGUCUCCUGGAGAAAUGCUACGAAUAUAACAUCGACAUACACCAACUAUAUGUGGAUUACAAAACAGCAUACGAUAGUGUAAACAGGAAUUACUUAUACAAUGCUUUACAAGAAAAGAAAUGCUACGAAUAUAACAUCGACAUACACCAACUAUAUGUGGAUUACAAAACAGCAUACGAUAGUGUAAACAGGAAUUACUUAUACAAUGCUUUACAAGAACUUGGAGUCCCUAACAAGCUUACUCGGCUCAUACACAUGACAAUGGCCAACUCCAAAAGCAGAAUCAAGGUUCAGGGAGAAUAUUCUAGGGAGUUCAUAGUUAAUCGGGGCCUCAGACAAGGAGACUCACUAUCAUGUAUCCUGUUCAACAUCACGCUAGAAAAAGUUAUUAGAAGCAUUCACAUUAGCACCAGUGGAACCAUAACAAACUAUUUCCAGAGAGAUACUACAGAGCAACGACCAUCAGGAACCUUAUAUAGCCAACCAUUGCAGUACCUAGCAUAUGCAGAUGAUAUAGCACUACUGGGUAGAAACCGUAAUGACAUAAUUAAAGCAUUCAGGGAACUUGAAAAUGCCUCAUUCAAAGCUGGCCUUGAUAUAAAUGAACCGAAGACAAAAUAUAUGAUAAUGUCAAGAAACUCCCAUGCUGAUGAUAACAUCAAUAUAAACAACCACAAAUUUGAGAGAGUGGACACAUUCAAAUAUCUAGGGGCAACUAUAAAUGAGCACAAUGAGAUAAUGUCAGAGGUGAAAGAAAGGAUAACAGCAGGCAACCAUUCCUAUUUCAGCCUACAAAAGCUACUGGGAAACAAAAACUUAUCAAGGGGAACAAAGAAGACAAUAUACACCACCAUCAUAAGACCUGUAGUAACGUACGCUAGUGAGACCUGGACCCUCACCAGAAAAGCAGAGAACAUGCUCAACACAUGGGAGAGGAAAAUCCUCCGCAAAAUAUAUGGACCAGUGAUAGAAAAUGAUAUCUGGAGAAUACGUACAAACCAAGAACUUUACUAUUUGUACAAAGAACCACCCAUAGUCACAAUGAUAAAAAAAGGCAGAAUACGCUGGGCUGGUCAUGUUGAAAGGAUGCCGGAAUGCAGAGCAGCCAAAAUUAUAUACAGGCAGAAGCCUAGGGGCAGACGACUCAUCGGUCGCCCAAGGAUGAGGUGGAUUGAUGAUGUGGAGACACCAGUUGGGGGUUCGAGCAUGGAGACGGAAAGCCAUGGAUCGCUCCGAAUGGAAGGAUGUGGUGGAGCAGGCCAGGGCCCUACAUGGGCUGUAGUGCCAUUGAUGAUGAUGAUUGGUUUACCUUUGUGUACAACCCUGCAUGUCAUUUUUUCAUAAGAACUCUGGAUGGGCUGUAGUGCCAUUGAUGAUGAUGAUUGGUUUACCUUUGUGUACAACCCUGCAUGUCAUUUUUUCAUAAGAACUCUGGAUGGUCUUGAAUAGUUUUCCUGUUACCUCAUAAUGCUGGAGAAGUCUCUACAAGGUUUGCCGGUCCAGACUAUCAAAGGCAAUUUGAUCUUUGCGUGAUCUGUUUUGGUGAAAGCCAGCCUGUUGAUCUCAUAGCUGUGAGUCGACCUGGUCCUUCAAUCUAUUUAAAAUAAUUCUGUUAAAGUCCUUUUCUGGUAUAGACAUUAGUGUAAUUCCUCUGAAGUUUUCACAGUACCUGAGAUUCCCUUUCUUUGGUAUCUUGACGAGGCAUUCUGCUUUACAAUCUUAUGGAAGUAUCUCUUCUUCCCAUAUCUUUUCAAACAGAUGGUGCAGCAUGUUGACUAUCAUAUCUAUGUCUACUGUGAUGUUAUCUGGUCCUGAUGCUUUCCUUAUUUUGAGCUGCUUGAUAGCAACGGCUAUUUUAUAUUAAUAGUGUUCAAUUUAAUUAUUGCUGAGGUGGGUUGGUUAUUCAUGAGGGGCUUUGAAACUUUUUGUCAACAUUGGGUUAUUAUUUUCCCUCAUUUUCCGGAUAAACUGAAAUUAUUUUUACAAAGCUCUUAUUUACUAGUUGUGUCGCUGUUGUAGUUUUUUUUUGAAGUUCAAUUAGCAUCUCAAAAUAUGCAUUUUGUUUUUUCAGAUCAGGACAUGGCAAUUGCUUAUUGGAAUAUUGUCUUGACAGGAAGAUUUAAAUUUCUGGACUUAUGGUGCAAGUUUCUUCAAGUAGGUAGACAGCUAUCAAGUUUGAACUUGAUUACAGCCUUUUGUAUAACCAGUCUUUUCACGUCCUAAACCAUCAGGCUUUUAACACUCUCACUUCACUCCUUACCCUUUGCAGACCAAAAGUUAUCUUCAAAACAUUUAACCAAAAAACUGCUUUUUUCAAAGAACGUUAAUAAUUUCUCCCUCUUGCUUCUCAUUGCCAGUAGGCUUGACCCAAUGUAUGAAUCCAAUCUGCAUUGAUUUACCUAAACUUAUGGAUAUUUGCUUUAGAGAUUAUAGAAGCCGUGCUAUAUCACUAUAUGUUUAAAACCACUGGCGGACUAGAAGUUAGUUGGUAGGCCUUCAGUGACAACAGGCCAGAUAUGUUUGUGGACUUUUCUCUUACAUUGAAUCACAGUUAAAAGUAUGCCAUUUUAUCAGGAAAUUGUAGAUAUGAAAGUUGACCUCUGGUUUCUCCCAGAUAUAGUAAGAAAAUGGAUUAGUUUAAGUCUCAAAAGGUAGAGAUUACACCUGAAAUAUUUGUAUAAUUUUUAUUUUUUAAAUUUAGAAUAAAAUAAAGUACUAGUUAUUUUUCUUGGUGUAUUUAAUUAAUGCUGACUAGUGACAUGUCUCUAAUGUGAUGUCUCUAAUGUGGAAAUAGUCAAUGAUCAUUUCAAUUUUAUCACUUCAGGAAAAUCACAAGCGGUCGAUCCCUAAAGACACAUGGAACCUUCUGCUCGAUUUUUGUAAUAUGAUAAAUGAUGACAUGAGUAAUUACGAUGAGGAAGGUACGUUUUUUAGCUAGGGUAUUCUACCUUAAAUUUUAGUGUGGACAACCUGAUAGAUUAUUAAAUCAGGGUUUCCCAAACUGGGGUGCUCAUACCUUCAGAUGGUGUGUGGUAGAAUUUCAUGGUGUGCAAACAAACAAAAAAAUGAUGUAAGAGCUGAGAAGCCAAUGACUUUAUAAAGUUAUAAUGAAAAUUUAUUUUUUCUUAUGAGUCACAAGUUUAUUUUCUAUAAGUUCUACAGUUCUCCUUGUAAUGCAAUUUAAAAUAUUAAUUAAUUUUUUUCUACAAUUAUUUUAUAAAUUCAUUAUUACUUUUGUGGGGCACUGUAAAAUCAAGCAAAAUAAUUCAUAGAUUAUGAAGAAUAUAGAAAAGUUUGGGAAACCCUUAUUGAAAUACUUUGAUGGAAUAUGUUUUUCUUUUUUCUACAGAAAUUAAACUUUUCAAUUUGUUUGAUAAAGUAUAAGUUUAAAAGAUAUCUGUUAUUGUUAUUCUCUUAACUGCACUUAUUUAGCUCUACUUUUCCUAUUCUGAAAUUUACUUUUUUUGUCUUUUCAGGAGCCUGGCCAGUUUUAAUCGAUGACUUUGUAGAAUAUGCAAAACCAGUGAUAAACAGUAGCAGAAGUACAGUAGUAUAACCAAUAAUUUGUAACUCGUUUGUUGUAGGGAUUGUCAUGCCCCCCUGUUUCAACUUUUUAAUUUCUGGUUUGUUAUUAUAAUUUGUCUGUAUUCUUAACAAACAGGUUUAGUUUGAAAAAUAGGAUCACAAAUAGCUUUCUAUAAACCUUAAUGAAGGGUCCGUGUUGUUUUUUUAAAAGGUAAUUUAAAGGUAAAUAAUUUAUCUUUAAAAUAUGUUUUUUCCACAGAAAAUAGAUUUCUGUUUUUAUUUUAAAAUUAGGAUUUUAUAAUUUGUAAUUUUACUCCGAAUUAACUGAAUACCAAAGCGAAUUAAUCUCUGAUUUUAAAUCGGCUCCAUUUCACAUCUUUCAAUGUAAAAUUUCUAAAUUAAAUUUUUUUUUUAAAUUUUCCUGAAAAAAAAAAAUCAGAAAUUUAGACAUUUUACAUUAUUGUGUCUAAAAGUGUUAAAGAGACAAGUUAUGACAAAUUUUCUAUGAAAGUAAUUCAAGAAAGAGGUUAAACUCUAUCAUAUCAAGAUUAAAAAAUUAGUAGUAGUAGUUAGCUUGUGUUUUGCAUUGAUAAAUAAAUAAUUCUUUUAAUUAUUAAACGGAAUCAUGAAACAUUCUUUAAAAUGGCCAAAGAAAUGUUCAUAAACAGACGAUAUUAAGAGAUUUAUAAGGAUUUUAAAAAAUAUUUCCUAGUGUGGAAAGAUUAUAAUUUUCUAUGUACACUUUGUUCUUUAAAGGUGAAACAAAGCUACAUCUCGCCACUGUAAAACAAGUCCAUGUUCUGACAGGAUAACAUAGUAGUUUUUUUAUUAACAGCUUCUUAAAAUUUCAUUUUUUUUUUAAAAUGAAAGGCUGAUAAAACAAACUGAAUGUGACUCACUGCAAUCAGGGAGAUGGCUUUACUUUAUUGUCAAAUGUCACAAUAUCUUCUGAAGAUAUUUAUUUCAUAAGAUUAAAUAGAAAAUGGACUUAUUAGAUCAAUGAAAGCUCCCUUUAGGCACAUGUGAUUUAAUAAAUGUAUACUACAGUGAGUUUCAAAACCAAAAGAUAAAGAUUUUAUUAUAAACAAUUGUCUGAGUGCCUACCAAAGCAGUGGUAUGAAAGAAGCAGCUCUCCUUAAUUUUUAUAGCAUAAUGGUAAAAUGUUGUUAGGGUCAGGGGGGAAUGCUCUAGUUCUGUUGAAACCAUUUUAAGAUGUAGUUGAGUACCUGGGAUACAGACUCACCACUGUGUACAUAUGAUUUUUUUGGUGAGUGCAUGCAGCGCAUUAUGUGAAUAUGUAUUUAAGUGCUGGUGUGCGUAUGUUUGUGAAUGCAAGCUGGCUACUACUUGCACAUGUGUUGCCGAUAAUCAAAUUAAGGCAUAGCUGUUGCUUGUACAUACGGUAUUUUGAUUAUGUGUGUGACUCUUGACACAAACUUUAUAGUUAACAUUUGUUAUACAUCAGCUUUUUAUUCGACAUAAGGUUUUAUUUGUUAUUUUUUUAGUUAGAAGAAACAUAAUAACUUAUUAUACAUUUCUUUUUUAUUGAUAUGUACUGUUUUGUUUUUUUAAACCAUGUUGAUUUCAGUGUAAUAUAUCUUUUACAGUAAAAAUUAUCUUUAGUUUGAAGAAAAAAAAUAAAUAACUUCUUGAAGAGAACACAUUUUUUGUUUCAAUUUUUAAAAUUUAGUAAGUUCUUUUUAAGCAUUCUAUUUAAAAAAAAGCCAGCAUUUCAUGUCUUUCAAAUUGAAGAAUGUCUUUUAGUUGUAUAUUUUGAGUAAUUUGUCAAUUAAACGUUAACAAAAUUUCCAAAGUUUUGGAGCUGUAUUUGUGUAACAAUGAUUGUUACUCAUCAAGUGAUUUACCUAUAGGGGUAAAUAACAUUGAGAUUAAUUGCUGCUAUAAAAGACCAUGAGAAUCUAAAAGAAAAUUGUUUACUUUAUUGAGUAGUAUUAAAAACUGGAGAACCCUGGGAACAAUGCCAUAAUUUAAGAAAAGGAAAACUACACCAGUUUAUUGUGACCACAUCAUACCUGAAAGACAUAGGAUUGGUCAAAACAAGUGAUUAAUAUUCAGGACCAUAAAAAACCAUUCACAUUAAAUUUUUUUACAGUUCUCAGCAGAAAUAACAAAAAUUUGUGUCAACAGCCACCUCUAAUGGCUGGUUUCUAUUAAUUUAAGAAUUGAUCUUAACGUAAUUGUCAGUUUGCUACUCAUCUAGUGUACUACCUGAAUAGCUUCAGUUAGGAUGACAUGAGACAUAAUAAACUUUGCAAUAAAUUUGAAAUUUGUGUAAUGAAGCUUUAAUUCUAUUUCAAGUUUGUAGCUUGGGGUUUCUAACAUGCGCUAGUCAAAUCUCAUUUUAUUUUCAUGUUUUGUUCUUUUUAAAAGCACGAUCUAGGAUAUUUGAAGUAAAUAUUUAGUGGUGAUGCUUAUAAAUUCUUUUUACUUCACUUCUCUGUUUGAAGUCAAUAGAUAAUGGUGCAAGCAUCUUCAUAUUAAAAUAAAGAUAUGUGGAUUUGCUGGGCAUAAUCAAGUAUCCCAAAAAUCCCCUUAUUGCUUGGCUAGACAAAGACCCAAAAAAUUAUCGGUAGAAACAGUGUCGGGAUAUUACAUGACUAUUUUGCAGUCAUGCUGAUUUUCUUCCAUUAACAUUGUUUAAAAAUAUGAAAAUGUGUGAGAAAUAUUUCAGUAUAUUAUAUAUAUCACUGUCUUCCAUUAACUCACAACUUGAUACCUUGUGAAUACAUUUCAAGACAACUAGUAGUACCAGUAGUAGAACUGUCAACUCAAAUUGAAAACUGUAAAGAUAAUAUUUAAUAGAUUUCCACUAAUUGUGCUUUAUGAUCAGUUCAUAUUGAUUAUUAAAAAGUAACUAAACAAGCGCCAACAAACUAAAUUUAAAACAACAAACUAAAUUUAAAACAAUAAAUCUGUUGGCUUGUAUGUUCAAUAAAAUAUGCACACCAAACAGGUUAAAAGUUUACAAAAAGCAAAAACAAUACAGGUUUAAAUUAUUGUUGACAUCCUAUUGUAAGAUUCAUCUGGAGAAACAUUUUAUUUUAAAGGCUUUUUAAAAAUCUCCUGAGGUUAGCAGGGGCAUUGUGGUGAAAUGGUAGUGUGAAUUGUUACCUAUUUUAUUAACUACUUAAAAGAGUCUCACACUCUGUAAUGGUAAAAUCAUUUUUUCUGGGUGUGCUUUUUUUACAAAUGCUUGUCCACUUUCAAAAAUAUCUUUAUAUUAUUAACUUUUAGAUUUGUGCACCCAUGUAUCAUUUCUAAAAAAGUUCUAUCAACAUGUUAUCAUUUUUUUGUACCAUAUCAAUUAAUGUCACUUAAAAUAAUAUGGCUUUAUUUGAUUCUUUUUAAUAUUUCAAUGCCAUGGAUACCUUAACUCCUUGAGGGGAAUUAUCUUAUUUCACUAUCGACAAUCUCUCUUUUUUUUAGGGAAAUAUAUUCCUAAAACUCAAUAGAAUUUGAAAAAACAAAAAAUUGGUAUUCACAUUCAUUAACCCAGUGGUUCUCAACCUUUCUAAUGCCGCGACCCUUUAAAACAGUUUCUAAAUGUUGUGGCGACCCCCAACAACAAAAAUAUUUUCGUUGAUACGAUAUAACAGUAUAGUAUAUGUGUCUUCAGAUGGUCUUAGGCGACCCCUGUGAAAGAGUUGUGCGACCCCCAAAGGGGUCGCGACCCAAAGGUUGAGAACCGCUGCAUUAACCAUUUUUGUUUGUGCAUAUCUUAGCUUAUUUUUCCUCACCUAUAAAUUAAACAAUUAUGAGCUGGCUUACUGGGUGUCCAGGAAUGGUUUCAUUCUUAUACAAAUGAUUUUAAUUAGAUUAUAUAAAAAAGAAAUUUAGGUUUCACGCUAAAAGUUUAAGAAUAUUAAUUUUCCAAAUUGUGAUAUGCCCAUGCUUUGUUUUAUGAAUUGCCGAGAUGUUAAAAACCAAUACAGACUUUCCUGUUCCUAGUUCAAUUUUGUUUAGUUGAUGCGGCUCAUUUAAAAUAUUUUCCCCGGUUCAAAACACACAGUUUGCUUUCACAAUAUGAAUUUUGUCUUGAUUGAAUGAUUGCUAGGAUGUUGUGAUUGAAAUAUUUGAACAGAGAAAUAUUUGCAUGUGACAUGUAUAAUGUGCUGUAGUUUGUAGUGAAAUCUUUUUAUCUUAUUAACACGCCAUUAAUACAGUGCUAUGGUGUGAUUAAAAUGGCCCAUUGUCCAUAAAUUGUUUCAUUCGAAAACCCUUCCUCUUUUGUAAUGUUUUAACAUGAAACAAAAACUAUUAUUAAAGUGAAGUAACUA